CUUGCAUCACAUCGCCCACCUCAUCAUGGGCACCUUCCACCCCGCUGAACAUGAGAGUCUUGUUCCGCAGCGUGGCACAGUGCGUCCCCGCGCCUACCACCAGCCUGGUGAGCACACCUCGCAGUCCAACGCCGCCGCCCUUCCCCUAAACGGCGACUGGAAGUUCCGCUUCUCGCCCACGCUCGAGGACGCCGGCGGCGACGCGUUCAAGGACCCGGCGUUUGACGACGGAAAGUGGGGCACUCUGCCCGUUCCCAGCACCUGGGUGCUGCACGGACACGGCAAGCCAUGGUACACGAACAUCCAGUUCCCCUUCCCUCUCGACCCACCGCGUGUACCAGACGAGAAUCCGACGGGCGAUUAUCGCUUCGAAUUCGACACGGACAAGGCCAAGUGGCCCAAGGGCGGACGGACGCUGCUGCGGUUCGAUGGCGUCGAGAGCUGGUACAAGGUGUGGCUGAAUGGGUACGAGCUGGGAUACGCCACCGGCUCUCGACUUCCCUCUGAGUACGACAUCACUGAGCACCUGAAAUUCGGGAAGAACAUUCUCGCUGUUCGUGUGCGUCAGUGGAGCAGCGCAAGCUACAUCGAGGACCAGGAUCAGUGGUGGCUCCCCGGCAUCUUCCGUGACGUGACGCUGCUGCACCGGCCGGAAGGUUGCAUCGAAGACUACUUUGUGCAUGCCGACUACGACGCUAAGCGCGGAAAGGGUAUUCUCAAGGUCAACUGCUCCCCUGGUGGAAGGGUGAAGGUACCCGAGCUCGACAUAGAUGUCGAGUCUGGCGAGGAGGUCCAUGUCCAUGUCGAGCCUUGGACAGCCGAAACACCCCGCCUCUACUCGGGCACGCUAUCUACGAAGAGCGAAAGCAUCCCAUUGCGUAUUGGCUUCCGGCGCGUUGAGAUUGACGAUGGGCUCAUCAAGAUCAACGGCCGCCGCGUUCUCUUCCGCGGCGUGAACCGGCACGAAUUCCACCCUAAGGCGGGGCGCGCCCUAGACCGUGCCACCAUGCUUCAAGACGUGCUUCUCAUGAAGCGGCUCAACGUCAACGCAGUGCGCACGAGCCACUACCCGCCUCAUCCGCACUUCUUAAGCCUAUGUGACGAAUAUGGUCUCUGGGUCAUCCUCGAGAACGACUACGAGACGCACGGGUUCGAUUUUGUCGGCUGGCGCGGGAAUCCCUCGGCUGAGGCCGCGUGGAAGGACAUGCUCAUGCACCGCAUUGAACGAACGAUGGAGCGGGAUAAGAACCACCCCGCAAUCGUGAUUUGGAGUCUUGGAAACGAGGCGAGUGUCGGCGACAACAUCGGACACAUGGCGCGGUGGGUGCGAAAGCGCGAUCCAUCAAGGCCGCUGCACUACGAGGGCGACUGGGAGGUGCGCUACACCGACAUUUACUCUCGCAUGUACCCUUGGUUGCCGGAGGUUGAUUCCAUCGGGCGACGCGAUGAGUGGAGCCUAGACAACAAGGAGCUCGACAAGCACCGCCGCAAAGCGCCGUUCAUCAUCUGCGAGUACGCACAUGCGAUGGGCAAUGGGCCUGGUGGUUUCAAGGAGUACUACGCUAUGUUUGAGCGUUAUGAACGCUGUCAGGGUGGCUUUGUAUGGGAGUGGAUCGACCACGGAAUCCCGCAAAAAGGCCCGAAUGGUACGCACUACGCCUAUGGCGGCGACUUUGGUGAGGAAGUACACGACGGCAACUUCAUCACCGAUGGGCUCAUGUUCCCGAACCGCGAUCCCAGUCCCGGCGCGAUCGAGAUGGCGAAAACAUAUGAGCCGCUCGCAAUCUCGGGCGAGGGGCGAGACGUGUGCAUUAAGAACAAGUUUGAUUUUGCCACCACCGAGCGCUACGCGUUUGAGUGGAGCCUCGAGGCGGACGGCGAAGUCGUCGACCGCGGCGAACUCCGCGUUGACCCCAUCGAUUCGUGGGAGCGGGGCGCAGCGCGGCUCCCAGCGCCCAAGGAAGUUCCAGGCGAGAAAGUGUGGACCGUGCGUGCCGUCCUCAAGGACAAGACAAGUUGGGCGGACCAGGGCCAUGAGGUCGCCUGGGGCCAGUGGCCGUGCGGCGAUAGCACGAGCAUUCCACCCAGCGAGGGGAUCGGCGCGGUGUCCCUUGCGGACAGCGACGAGUGGGAGCUCUUCCCGUCGCGCGUAUCUGUUCCUGCCCCGCCGCCGGGCCCCAGUAUCCAGUCGGACGGGACCAUCAAGCUCGGUCCAGCGACGUUCAGCGCGCGAGGGCAGCUCAUCCGGCUCGGCCACAUGCCCGUAUCUGCAGCCCUUGACAUCUCACGCGCAACAACGGACAACGACCGCGGGUGGGACGGCACAAUCAAUCGGCGGCAGUCCAAAGCGUGGAGCACCGCGGGCGUGCACCGGAUGCACACGCGCGUCGACUCCGUGGAGGUGGAGGACAACGUCGUGCGCGUGCGCACCUGGGAAGCCGCGGCGGUGCGCGAGCGCGGCUUGCGCUGCGUGUAUACCUGGCGCGCGAGUAAGGAUUCCAUUGCGGUGGAAGUCGACGUGGACCCCGUCGGAGAUUGGCGCGAUCUUCCUUUCGCGCGGCUCGGCAUGCGCCUCGUCCUUCCGAAGAGCAUCACAGACAUUGAGUACUUUGGUCUCGGGCCGGGCGAGGCGUACCCUGACUCGUGCGCGGCCGUGCGGCUCGGGCGUUGGAAGAACACCGUCGACGGGUGGCAGACGCCAUACGUGAUGCCGCAGGAGAACGGGGCUCGGCGCGGCGUGCGCUGGGCAACCUUCAUUGGGUCGGAGGGAGGGGUGCGGAUCGCUGCAACCCCGCCGCCCACAGUCCACAGGGCCACGAGUGUGCUUGACGAGAGGGGAGGCACACGUCUCGUGCGCCCCGUCAUCCUGGCCGCGCGCCGUUGGACGACGGCCGAUCUCGAGGCCGCAAAGCAUACAACUGAUCUCAGGCCGCGCGACAACGUGUUUGUCAAUGUUGACGCGAGCCAUCACGGGCUCGGGACGGCCGCGUGCGGCCCCGGCCCGACCGAGGCGUACCGCAAUGCGGUGGGGCGCACGAGCUUCGGAUUUGCGCUCGCGCCCGUUGAUGUGGAUGCGGACGCAAAGGCGUGUGUGGUGAUGUAAUCAGAAGCAAAAGAAGCAGUAGAACAAACAGAAGACAUACAUGGUGUGACAAGAGACAAAAACAACUAUAAAUAUGCUGCCAUCGCUGGAG